AUGGACCAGAAGGUUCUGAAGAAACUAGUGGAAUCCAUCAGUAAUACUGUCAAGAGCUUAAAAAAAAGUGAAGUAGAGUGUCUCAUAAGAAUUUUUCACAGCUUGGUGGAAAGAGCUGUUGUAAGACUUGAUAACACUGGACUAGAUCAUAACACAUUUCGAGCCAUCCUGCACAGCAUAUUUGGAAUGACUGAUGAUAUGCUAAUGAAUAGGGUAUUUUUUGCAUUUGACAAAGAUAACUACAUAAAUGUGAAAGAGUGUGUUAAAGGAUUAUCAGUGUUUCUUCGAGGGACUUUUGAAGAAAAGCUGAAGUUCUGUUUUGAAGUUUACUGUUUCAAUGGUGAUGGUUACAUUUCUCGAGAGAAAACGUUUGACAUGCUGAACAGUCUACACCAACAGUCACCUGAAGAAGAUACUGAUGAAGGAAUAAACGAGUUGGUGGAUAUAACACUGAAGAAAAUGGAUUAUGACAGCAAUGGCAAGAUAUCUUUUGCAGACUUUGAAAAAGCAGUGAAAGAAGAUAAACUUUUGUUGCAAGUGUUUGGACCAUGUUUACCAGAAGCAAAGGUACAGUGCCAGCAGCCAGACUGGUUGAGGGAAAAUUUCAAAGGAUCAGAAAAGAAAUACUUGCUAGACACUUACCUCUGUAGGACUUCAACACACUACUGAAGUUCAGGCAACCAUGAAGAUCUCAGCCCCAUCCUAACAUUUGGGACCCAAGACAGUAGUGACUAAUUAUAUUCAAGACCUUUUUUGAGCUUGUAACCACCUUAGCCAUACACAAUUCCUAAUUUCCUGUAAAUAUUUUCCCCAAAAAAACCCGAAGUAUAUUGGCUUGCUUAAGGGAUAGAACAGUAAAUACAGAGUGGAUUCAGCAAGUACCCACCAUAAAC